AUGCUGCAUUCGACGUUGGCCUUGUCCCUCCUGCUCAUUGCCGUUUCUUCCAACCUUGCAAUGGCAAUCAAGAAGGAAAAAAGAGCUCCCCAAACACUGUCUAGAGGAUGGGGAGAUGAUAUUACUUGGGUGCAAACUUAUGAAGAAGGGCUUUAUCAAGCCAAAAAAAGUAACAAGCCAUUGAUGGUCAUUCAUCAUUUGGAAGACUGUCAAUACUGCCAAGCAUUGAAGAAGGCUUUUGCAGAAAAUGAAGAGAUACAAGAAAUGGCCCAAAAUAAUUUCAUUAUGCUGAAUCUAAUGCAUGAAACCACAGAUAAAAACUUGUCACCUGAUGGACAAUAUGUGCCUCGAAUCAUAUUUGUAGACCCAUCUCUCACAGUAAGAGCUGAUAUCACAGGAAGAUAUUCAAAUCGGCUUUACACUUAUGAACCACAAGACAUGCCAUUCUUAAUAGAGAACAUGAAGAAAGCACUACGUCUCAUUCAGACAGAAUUAUAACCAGCAACAGUGGAAUGACCAUGGCCUCUACGAGGUGGAGCUGCACCAGGAAACUUGAUGUUUUAAAUAUCUUUGCUUUUUUGUUUCUGUUAGCGUAUGAACUCUUACCAAACAGCUUUGGUGUACAAGAUUUCAUGAGAAAGUUACAUUAUGAUGUAAAGAACAAAUACAGAUUACUGUGCCUAUUAGAAAACAAGAUGAGAAUCCUGUUAAAGGCUUUGAAGUUGACCAUCUGAGUAACUGAAGGSGAUGGUGUAAGACGCAACAACUUUGAAGUGUGCUUCAUCAACCCAAACGUGGUUUCAUUAAGUCACAUCAAGUAACUACUGACUGAAAGCUAUAACUAACUUUUUUCGUGUCUAUCUGGUAUUCAUUAGGUAAGUUAGCAGCUACAUCUCAGCUCCUCAUUUAUAUUUUUUGCCUAGUGUAAAUCUUUAGUGAACUCAGUUUUAGUCAGCUAUGAAUAGCUGAAAGCUAUGAAAGC